AUGAAUCCAAUAAAUCUAAUAAAUCCAAUGAAUCAAAUAUAUCAAGUAAAUCCAAUAAAUCCUAUAAAUCCAAUAAAUCAUCCACUAAAACCAAUAAAUCCAAUAAAUCCAUUAAAUCCGCUAAAUUCAAUAAAUCUAAUAAAUCUGAUAAAUCUAAUAAAUCUGAUGAAUCCAAUACAUCAAAUAUAUCAAGUAAAUCCAAUAAAUCCUAUAAAUCCAAUAAAUCCAAACAAACAAACCAAAAAAAAACUAUUAAAUCCUAUCAAUCCACUAAAUUCACUAAAUCAACAAAAUCCACUAAAUCCAAUAAAUCCACUAAAUCCAAUAAAUCCACUAAAUCCAAUGAAUUCAAUAAAUCCAAUAAAUGCAGUACGUCCACUAAAUCCAAUAAAUCCAAUGAAUCCAUUAAAACCAAUAAAUCCAAUAAAUAGACCUAAUCCAUUAGAUCCACUAAAUCCAAUAAAUCCAAUAAAUCCAUUAAAUCCAUUAAAUCCAUUAAAUCCGAUAAAUAUCCAUUAA